UCUUGACGCGAUCGAAGUACAUCAUGAGCGACAUCGAUUCGAUCCUGUACGUGAUCCUCGUAGUUUCAGGAAUAUUUAUGCCAUAUUCGGUAAACGGUAGUCCGUCUCGCGAUAGUUAUACAGUGACACAUCCGAAAUAUGAUUAUUCGGAAGAGAAGAUUUUCCAGAAGGAUAGAAAUCUUGAUGAAAAAAACAGUGGUUUCCAGAAUAUUAAUAAUAAUCAAGAAGUGCGACCGAUUUGGGAUUCUAAAAAUAGAAAAGAAGAAAAAAUUGAAGCAAAUUAUUUUCAACAGACACUCAGGGAAUCAUCCCAGGAUGAUGAUUAUGACAGAGGUUUCUCUCUAUUUGGCCUAGUUGAAACCAUGCUAUCUGUCGUUGCAAAUGGACUUAGCACAGUUGUGAGCAGCAUUGUUGGCACUGAAAAGAAGAAUUUGCGAUCAAAUGUCAAUAAAAUAAAUUAUAGAAAUUAUCAAUUAAUCAGAGUGUUUCCUAAUACGGAAGAUAAUGUUGCGGAUUUGCGUGAUUUGAGAGACGCUGAGCCAGAAGACAUCAAAUUUUGGUCCUUUCCAAAUCUUAAUAGGACCUCCGACAUUAUCGUCGCACCGGAUCUUGUAGCUGACGUUAAGAGCUAUUUGAGAGAUAAAAAAAUGGAUUUCAAAGUGUUAAUAUCGGAUAUUCAGAAAGCAAUAUCAUAUCAAAAUCCGAAAAUGACAAAAGAACAACGCGAAGAUUUAGUGACUACUCAAGGUCAUAGCAUGACAUGGAAACGUUAUCAUCGAUACGGCGAUAUCGUGCGCUAUUUAGAAUAUCUAGCUUUUAGGUAUCCUAACAUGCUUGAAUUAAUAACCAUCGGCCACAGUUACGAAGGCCAACCAAUAAAAAUGGCAAAGGUUUCAACGGGAUUAAAUAAAGAUGGCGAAAGAAAACCUGCGAUUUGGAUCGAUGCCGGUAUGCACGGACGAGAAUGGAUCGGUAGCGCCGUGGUGACCUACAUACUAAGCCAGUUAGUUGAGAGGAAUUCGACCUACUCGAAAUUGUUGGAUAAUUCAGAUUGGAUGAUCUUACCCGUUGUCAAUCCCGAUGGUUACGAAUAUAGUCAUAUCAGCGAUCGUUUUUGGCGAAAAACUAGAAGUAAUCAUGUAGAAAGUCAAGAAGAUAGUAGGUACACACCUAGCAAUUUGUUACAGUUUGUAACGCACUAUACUAGGUGGUUUUGGACUAAAUGCGAAGGAGUUGAUCCAAAUCGAAAUUUUGCAUAUCACUGGGGCGAGGAAAAGGAAGGGAGAGCUAGUUCAGACCCUUGUCACGAAACUUACUCAGGACCCUUCGCCUUCUCCGAACCAGAGACGAAAGCUAUGGCAGAUUACAUUCUGGCAAAUAAGCAACAUAUUCGAAUGUAUUUGACUUUGCAUUCUUAUUCUCAAAUGUGGCUACUACCAUGGAGUCAUACACGUACAAAACCAUCGGAUUAUUCCGAUAUGAUAAACGUAGCGAAAAAGGCGAUUAACGCGAUUGCAAAAGUUCAUGGCACUCAUUAUCAACUUGGACCGGUGACAGAUCUGAUGUAUCCAAUUUCUGGGUCAUCCGAUGACUGGGCCAAAGGGGUAGCCGGUAUAAAAUACGCAUACACAGUAGAACUACGUGAUCGAGGAACAUACGGAUUCUUGUUGCCAGCGACUCAAAUAGUUCCGACUGCGCGUGAGAUUUGGGCGGGAAUUCGCGCAAUCGCCCGCUUAGUCACCUGUAACACGUGAAAUUGCUCUUAUCGAAUUAAUUUACAUUUUUUUCCGAAUGAUAAAGAGCAGAUUAAUUCAUUUAUAAAGCGCAUAAUUACUGGUAUUUCUGCGCAGAUUAAUAUUCUAAAGUAGGGCAUUCUUGAGCAUUAUUGAGAAAUCGACACUCGAAUCGUUAUCAGAAUAAAUAAUAGUUAAAAUGACGACGAGAGAUAAAUUUAUUACUUAACUGAGAUCAUAGGAACAUAUUGACAUUAUUGAUAUUAUUAACAAACAUGC